AUGGAGACAGUAACCCCGAAACGUCCGGCAUUAUUAGACGAAGAUGAUGAAGAAGAUGACGCCGUUUCGUCAUCACGAGGAAGAUGGUUUGAUUCCUUUUCUUCAUCCCUUGAAGAUUCUCUUCCGAUUAAGAGAGGAUUGUCAAAUCAUUACAUAGGGAAAUCAAAAUCGUUUGGGAAUUUAAUGGAAGCUGAGAGCAAUGCGAAAGGUUUAGAGAAAGCGGAGAGUCCGUUGAACAAGAAGAGGAGAUUGCUUAUUGCUAAUAAGCUAAGGAGAAGAAGAUCAUCCUCCUUGUCUUCUUCUUUCAGCAUCUACUCCAAUAAAAACCCUCAUUCCAUGCCUUUACUUGCAUUGCAAGAAUCUGACCUAGACGAUAUUCACAAAUACAAUGAUCAUAAUAAUGAUGAUGACAGUAGUGAUGAUGAUGAAACUAGUAAGCUGAAAGAGAAGAGGAUGAAGAUGACCAAUACUAAUAAGUAAUACUAGAGAUUUUA